AUGCGCGCCUCUACGGACGGACCAGCGGCACGGACGGUGGCCGAUCUCGAUAAGAUGGAUGACAAGCUGCGCCGCCUCGGCCUGGACGUGGAUCGCCCCACCACCACCAUCACCCCGCCGUCCUUCGCCCUCUCAUCGGCGCACGGCAGUGCGGACUACAUUCACUCCAUCCGCGCAGCCAAAGCGGAGAAGCAACAGGUGCGCCUGGACAAGUUGGCACGGUUGGCGGUCGUUGCAGAGAAGCAGCAAUCAUCGAGCUCUGUCGCUGUCGCUGCUGCGGCUGCGUCGUCAAAGACUGGCUCUGUUACCGACACUUCCCGCGCGGAUCAUGCGACUGUGGGCGACAAGGCGUUGCUCGCGAGCGACGUUGCCGAUGCCGCCUUGCGAGCGAGUGAGAAGAGCAAGAGCGAUCUCGCGCAGCAACUCCGAACGGAGCGGAUGCUGAAGGUCGCCGCGGACCACCAGCAGAGCCACACGGAGGAGCACGACCAGCUGGUUUCCAUGCCACUGUCGAGCAACAUGGUGUCACACUCGCUGACGGUCACGGCGCCAGAGUGGCGGGAGCGCAGGCGUCAGGAGGCGGUAGUGUGGUGUGCAGGCGUGGCGCGAGGGCUGGCGGAGUUGGCCAUAGAGGUGUCCGACAGCCGACACCUGCCUGCCACGGGGCUUGGCGGGCGACCCGUGUACCGGCUGCACCAAGACCUGUCCGUUACGCAGUGGCGGCAGUGGCUGGAGAAGCUGGUCUUUCCUACGUCGCUGUCAGCCGCGGCAGCGGAGAUCAAGCCACGCAGCGAUGACGGAGCUGCCGGCAUCGACAGCGAAGUCGCUGACUCCUCAGUCUCAAGGAGUGCAGACGCGCAGCAGACGCUCGACGCCAGCCUGCAGCUCGAGGCGGCGAAGUGCAUCACGUCGGUGACUGAGGCCGAGGCGCAGGAGGCCGUGCGAGCGCAAGCGGAGGCUGUGACGUGUGUCUUGGCUAAGUUGCAUGCAGAGGUAGCGUGUCAGCGCAAGGCCGCCGAGGAGGCUGUGCGGCUGGCCGCUGACGAGGCCAACCUCCCUGCUCCGCAGGCCGCAGAGGGUGAUGCAGGUGUCGCUGGCACUCUUCGCCGGGAGGAACUACUGCCGGGGUGGACGCAGCGGAUGCCGCCGGCGGCGUGCCUCGUCUAUGGCGACGACCUCAGUGGCGCCAGGCUCCUAACGGAAACGAUCGAAAUGUGCGCACAGCGCAAAUCGCAUCAGCAUCAGCCCUCUUCAUCACAGUCGCCACAUCGCCGGCUUGCCGCGUCGCGCCAAUAUUCGCUCGGGACCGGAGAAGGCCCUGAACCCAGUGCGGCUGAUUCCUCGCCUACUGCACCGGUAGAGGAUUUCUUCUCACACUUUGUGGUGAGCGAGAUCGGUGUCGAGUGCAGCGACCCCGCGUUGGCAGAGGGGGGUGCGGUGGCUACGUACGUCACCCCGCGCACGCUGCUCGGAAGCGGUGCGCUGGGUGCUGGGGGCGGCGAUGCGAAGCGAAGCGGCUCUGCAGGGCGUUUGCAGCGGGCACAGCAGCACUCUUCGGGUGGCGGUGGCAACCCUGGUGGCGGUGGCGGCGCAUCUCAGGGGGUUGCCACCACCGUCGUCACCGGCAGCAGCAGCAGCAGCAGCGUCUCCCGCUUCAGUCAGCGGGUGAACGCGCUGUCCGCGGAGGGCCGACGCGAGAGCGAGCAGCUGAUCGAAGCUGUCGUAAGGGAGGUGGUGCGAGUGCAUCGCCACAACUUGGGCGUCCUGGCUGGUGAUCGCAUGCCGUCGUGGGCGCCGAAGCCAACGGCCCCCGCCCCCGCCCCCGCUGCCGGCUUGGUCGCCACAGCAGAGGAAAUCGGCCAGUCCAAGGCGGCGGCGUUGGGGUCCGUGCCGCUUCGCACGCUCUUCCUCGUUGGUUUCUCCGACUCCGCCUCCUUCGUCGGAGUGCUAGCGAGGCGGCUGAGGCAGGCGACGGCGGUAGCGGAGACGGAGCUGAUGGAGAUGGAGGGUCGUCGGUGUGCCGCCGAGCAGCAGGCAGCUGUCGCCGCUGCAGCGGCCGAGUCGUGCAAGCAGCGCACGUCGCCGCCAGUAAAGGGUGCAAAAGGUGCGUCACCUGGGCCGCCGCGCUCCAAGAGCAACCGACUUGCGAAGGCCGUGGCCGGCGUGGAAGAGCAGGCCGUGUCCGCCAUGGUAGAGGAGCUUCAAGCCACGAUUGCGAUGCCACCGCUUGGAGUGCUGGCAACCUUCCUCGUCUACGACCUUCCGACACGCCAGCGGCGGCUCGAGGCGGCAUCGUUCGCGACAGACGCGGCGGUAGUGCAGCGGGCCAGCGGCGACGAUUGCGAGGAUGACCUCAACAACUUCUCGGGUGUCGGUGGCGGCGCGCUGCUGCGCUCCGCGGGACCAGAGUAUACCCAUCCCGUGUAUAACCCAUCCCCGGAGGACAUCCAGAGUUUCGGACCUCCGUCGACGGCCAAAGAGUUUUCACCGGCGCGGCCCAUCAGCGUCCGUCCUGGCAGCCUCUCGGCUGGGUCCCCCUCGCCGUCUCUGCCGUCUCCCCCGUCGCCCGCCGGUGCCGCGUCCACCGUGACGACAGCGUCGACUCUCUGCGUGCAAACCUGGAACGUAGAGCGACUGCGCACUGAGCUCAAGCAGCAGCACGCUCAGCAGCAGCGCCAGCGCAAGGACUGGAUGGCCGCAGUGGAGGCUCACGCACACCGCGAAAGUGUGGAAAGUGUCUCUGGGGGACUGCUCAACGCCGGAGCCUCGUUCCGCCCCGCUGUGAAACGCCGCGACAAGCCAACGGCGAGCAUGAGCUCUAACUUCGCCAGCGCCUCCCUGGAUUUGGAGCGUGCAAACUCUAUCCCACGGCGCGCAAGCAUGUCAACGAUGUCUCGGGCCGCCGAGUCUUCGGCAAUGACGGCUGGCAAUCUGCUCGAGGAAAAAGGGCUGCCGCGCGCACUUUUCUUCGUGUGUGUGCAGGACGUGAGCGACCCCACGACGCCGUUGGCCAGCUCUGUCGACUCCCUACUGGACCCUACAAACCUAGGCACGGCGAUCUGGCGUGCCGCCGCCACCUCGCAGUUCCACGCAGUUGAUCUGCAGCACGGGUGCGCUGAGGCGCGUGUGCGAACCGUGAAUGAGCUCACAGCACAGCUGCGGCUGCUCCACCGCCCUGCUGCGGGCCGUGUACUCACGAAUGAGUCGCUGGCGCCGCGACAGCUGGCAGAGCCCUUCCGUCUGGGUGAUUACCGCCUGACGGAGGCGACUCGCGUCCGCCUGAAGAAGACGAGUAAGGCCUUCCUGGGCACUCUGCCCGCAGCGCCGGCACUACAUUCCUUCGAGAAGAGUGACGCCUUCCCAGGCGAGGCCGUAGCCGCCGCCGCUAGGGACGCGCUCGCAGCAGAGGCGGAGGUGUGGGCGACCGUCCUGCAGCACGCGGAGCAGCUGCACCACCUCGUCGCGGAGGUGUUUAUGGACAGAGUUGCGCAGCCGGAGUGCCCUGUCGCACUGCCGGCGGCAGCGACGCUCAGUACCACGGCGCGGUUUACUAGCAUCGAUCAGAGCUACGCACGGGAAAAGGAGGCGAUUGCGGUGUGCACGGCGUACGCUAUCGCCCAUCUCGAGGACUGUCUCGCUCUUCUGCUGCGAUUCUCGGUGGACGUGUGUCUUGGCCAGCUCGCUGCGUCGGUGCGUUUGCUCUGCUGCAGCAUCGCACGCCACCAUCGGGUGGAGACGGAUGUGUUAUUCGACGUUGCGUCCUCUGUUCUCGUGAGCAGCGGCACCAAAGUCGACGAGGAGGUUCUCAGGGUCGCACCGCGACUCUCCGCCGAGGCAGCACGAGCCCUAAUCAACUCCCUGCGCUCCGUGAACGCAAGCGAGGCGAGCGCCACGCUGUCUGCCGAGCUAGCGGCGGUUUACUGGCCGCAGGUAACAGCCGUCGCAGCGGAGGUGGCAGUGCAGUAUUUCAAGGGUUACUCUCUGCACAACCUAGCCGGCGACGCCUUCUCGGUCACGAACACCCCACAACCACCGCAGCAAACUCAGGUCGUUGAAAAGGACAUGGAAUGUGCGAGGAACAGCAACGCAGGUGCGGCGAACGACGCCGCGGUCUCCACGCUGGAAGCCAAUAUUUCGGUGGCGGAGCACGUUCCAGCAGCCGUGCAACUCCUCCUCGAGCAGGCCAUCAACGCGCCGGCGCCACUCGCGCGUGUCGCGCUUCUUCUCCAGGAGUCGCAGCGGAUGGUGUGUGCCGCGCGCGACGGCGCUGAGGCUUGGGUGGAGCUGCUGUACCGUGAGGUGCUCGGCAUGCACGCAACGGCGCCGGUAUCAACUGUGUCACGCGCGCGACGGCCGCGCAGCCUUGACGAGCUCGCUGACGGCCCUCUGGCCGUGCUGCACAUCGGCGAUGACGAGGAGACGAAUCUGCGGCAGCCCAGCCCGUGGCGAUGCGGCCAGCUGGAGUUGCUUCUGAGCUCCGUCCGCCCCGCCAAACCGAAUGCCAUGGUGUCGAUGGAGAAGUUCGAGCGCGGCCUCCUCGUGCAUCAGCUGCAGCGCCUCUGGCGCUUCCUCCCCGACAUAUCUGUCGAGCUGGCGGCGAAGGCGAAGUAUUCGAUGAGGGACCAUGAGGCGAAGACCCCGGCGCCAACGACGCGUCUGGUCCGGCCAGCCACGUUCUCCUCAGCGACUUCAGGGCCCCUUGCGUUGCCGGACCCGUCGCUCGACGCGUACCUGCUGACUAGUUGCCCCUGCCGCCCCUCCGCAGAGUCACACUUUCCUUUUCUCACCACGGCCGACGUGGAGCGGCUCUCUGCAGCGGCGGCGGCGGCCGAGGUCACAUCCACAGCGGCGGCGGGGAAAGCACUGGUGGUGGUUGACCUAGAGCUGUGGCUGGCAAACCUCGCGCUUCGCCGCUGCUGUUUUUGCGCAAAGUGUGACGCACCGACGGCUGGUGCUGAUGGCGGCGAACCCGAGCUUGCGGCAGUGCAAACUUCUCAGUGCAUGCGUGCGUGCGCCGCGAUACCGAGCUCUGGUGCCGUGAGGCACACCAUAGCCACUCUGCCUGCUUGCGUGCUGGCGCAAUACGCUACGUUCUGCACGACAGCGAUGCCGUCUUUGCCGUCUCUCGUCACAACCCCGCCUCCUUCGCUGUGCGAGAUGCCGGUGGAGUGGAUGCUCGUGCAAUGGUGGUGGCGUGCGUGGUGCAGUGAGGACGCGUGGAGUCAGUCUGAGGACGUGCAGCGGUGCUAUGCGCUGUGGCGAAUCUUACUGGGACAUGCUCCGCCAAGCCCACCCUCGUCCCCCAACUCUGCUGCGUCGACUCCAUCAACGAUGGCCCCUCUCUUGUCCUCCCUGCUGCGCCUCCUCGUGGGCAUCGGUAGGCAUGCCGGCGCCACGGAGGAGCGAGUUCGACGUGCCUUCCACUGCCUUGCGGCUCUGCGGCGAGUGGCCACAGGAGCCCUGGACACCCGCACCGCCACGACCGAGGAGAACGCUGAUGUCGAUGCGGCGAUGACCAUCGAGGACAGCAUGAUCCUCACAGUCGCUGAAUGUGCUGCCUUGGGACGUCUGCUAAGUCCGGCAGCUCUCACCGUCGGCAGCAACGCCCCUGUAGCGACAACGUCAGCGACAGAAGCGGCUGCGGCGGUGUCAGUGACGUCUGAGAGAGAAGUCCGCGGGCACCAGUUUAUCACGGAUGUGCAGCUGCUCCUGCAGGUGGAGGGCACCAAGGGUGUGACGCUACCACUGCUGCUCUCCUCGCGAUGGGCCAGCCUACUGAUGACGGAGCACUUCUAG